CUCCUCCUGGGCAUACCAGGCACCAUGGACUCCCCAGGAUACAACUGCUUUGUAGACAAAGACAAGAUGAAUGCCGCCAUCCAGGAUCUGGGACCAAAGGAGCUGAGCUGGACUGAGCUUCAGGAGCUGAAACAGCUGGCUCGAGAGGGUUUCUGGGCCCAGAGCCACACCUUGCGGGGAAGGGUGUACCAGCGCCUGAUUCGGGAUAUCCCUUGCCGCACAGUCACGCCGGAUGCCAGUGUGUACAGUGACAUUGUGGGCAAGAUUGUAGGCAAGCAUAGUAGCAGCAGCCUGCCUCUACCUGAGUUUGUGGACAACACUCAGGUGCCUAGCUACUGCCUGAAUGCCCGCGGUGAGGGAGCUGUGCGCAAGAUCCUCCUAUGCAUUGCCAACCAGUUCCCUGACAUCUCCUUCUGCCCUGCGCUGCCAGCUGUGGUGGCCUUGCUGCUCCACUAUAGCAUCGAUGAGGCUGAAUGCUUUGAGAAGGCCUGCCGCAUCCUGGCCUGCAAUGACCCCAGCAAGAAGCUCAUUGACCAGAGCUUCCUGGCCUUUGAGUCAUCCUGUAUGACAUUUGGAGACCUGGUGAACAAGUACUGCCAGGCAGCCCACAAGCUGAUGGUGGCUGUGUCAGAAGAUGUGCUGCAAGUCUACUCCGACUGGCAGCGCUGGCUUUUUGGGGAGCUACCCCUGAACUACUUUGCCCGUGUCUUUGAUGUCUUCCUUGUAGAAGGCUACAAGGUAUUAUACCGUGUAGCCCUGGCCAUCCUCAAGUUCUUCCAUAAGGUAAGAGCUGGGCAGCCCCUUGAAUCAGACAACGUGAAGCAGGAUAUCCGUAUGUUUGUCAAGGACAUUGCCAAGACCGUGUCCCCUGAGAAGCUGCUAGAAAAAGCAUUUGCCAUCCGUCUCUUCUCCCGCAAGGAGAUCCAUCUCCUGCAGAUGGCCAAUGAGAAAGCACUGAAGCAAAAGGGCAUCACUGUCAAGCAGAAGAGUGUCUCACUUUCUAAAAGGCAGUUUGUGCACUUAGCCGUCCAUGCAGAGAACUUUCGCUCAGAGAUCGUCAGUGUGAAGGAGAUGAGAGAUAUUUGGUCCUGGGUCCCCGAACGAUUCGCCCUCUGCCAGCCCCUCCUGCUGUUCUCCUCAUUGCAGCAUGGGUACAGCCUGACCAGGUUCUUUUUCCAGUGUGAAGGACAUGAGCCGACCCUCUUACUCAUCAGGACCACACAGAAGGAGGUGUGUGGCGCUUACCUGUCAACGGACUGGAGUGAGAGAAAUAAAUUUGGUGGCAAACUGAGCUUCUUUGGGACUGGAGAAUGCUUUGUGUUCAGGCUGCAGCCGGAGGUGCAACGUUACGAAUGGGUGGUCAUCAAGCACCCGGAGCUGACCAAGCCGACCUCCUUCAUGUCCUCAGAGACCAGCACUCCCUCUCCACUUAGCCACUCUGUCCCCUCAGACCCUGCUGAUCGGCUCUCGCCAUUCCUGGCUGCUCGGCACUUCAACCUGCCCUCCAAGACUGAGUCCAUGUUCAUGGCUGGGGGCAAUGACUGCCUCAUCAUUGGAGGAGGGGGCGGCCAGGCACUCUACAUUGAUGGGGACCUGAACCGGGGCCGCACAGGACACUGUGACACUUUCAACAACCAGCCCCUCUGCUCUGAGAACUUCCAUAUUGCUGCAGUGGAGGCCUGGGGCUUCCAAGACCCUGACACCCAGUGAUGAGCCUGCACUGACGAGCCUGAAGCUUUCUUGGCCUCACUGCAAGUCCACACCUGAAGAAGUGACCUGAGAGGGACCUUCUUUGACCAGCCCUAUACCAGCCAACUCCAUAUCCAGGCACCUGCCCCGAGAUUCCUGGAUUCAUGGGAGCGUCUCAGCCCUCCUCUCUAGCCUGGAGGCCACCUCGAGCCCACUGCAGUCUGCAGCCACCUCCUCCCCAUUACUAUAGUGACCUGGUCUAAAGUCACACCCAGAUCCCUCAGCAUGGCAUGCUUAUCUCAGUCCCACCCCCACUUCUCUUCUAGGCCCUAUACCUCCCCAGUCCUGUCCACACAGUACCUCCUGGGGCACUCUGUGGCUGGCUACAUGUCAUGGUUUUCUGUGUACUUUCCCUUCUCCCUUAGAGCCUUAAGGCUUGUGUGGUCCUAUGUUCCCUGUGCUAUGUGCUAGUCUGAUGGCCAUAGGUGCUGAGGGACAUCUACCACUGAAUGGUCAGUGGCCAUUCCUCUGUCAAACAGCUUUCUCCCCCUCAUCAGCACUGCCCUCAAGGUUUCUGUGUCUGAACUUAGGGACAUCUACAACUCCUCCCCACCUCUCCUGUGACCUCCCUCAGCUGGUCCUGAGGCUCUAGGCAACACAAAGGGAAGAGGGGAUAAGCAUCACCCAAGUGGCAAUGUGUUGGUGGGGGGGUAGCGCUUAGAGACCUAGGUCAUAUGGACAGGUGCUCAUUCCCCUCAUGUUGGCAGCUGACACCUCUCAGUGUCCCCAUGGGCCAUUUCGUGUCCAUCCCCACAUCUAUGCUUGGUCUUCGGAGAGGAGUGUCAUCCUUCCCUGCCCUUCCACUCACAUUGUUUGUGAGUGAUGUCAGGGGGUAUAGGAGGCAGGGCAAAAAUCUUGUUUGGCUUUAGGCAAGCUGGUAAACCCAGCUGCCCUGGGCUCACCUUUCUCACUUUUGAAAUAGGCCAGUACUCUAGCCCUGCUCUCCUCAGGGAUAGAGGGACUGCAUGAGGCCCUCUUGAGAGGUGCAGGGAGGGAGUGUCCCCCCCACAGAGCAAUGCCAUCCUCUUCCUCUGAGCUCCCACUGCCCAGACCUAUAAUGCCAACUUUGGUGUUCAUUAAACGUGGUCUUGUUGGAUCAA